AUGACACGCACAAUACGCGUUGCAGUGCUCGAGUGCGAUACACCGAUCCCGCCCGUUGUUGAGCAAGUCGGCAAUUAUGGAGACAUCUUCGAGGGACUAUUGAAGAGGGGCUCACAGGCGUCUAGGUCGCCGGUGGACAUUCAAGUGAGCAAGUGGAAUGUCGUCGGGAAUCCGGUGUAUCCAAAUCCGAAUGAAUGCGAUGCGUUUCUGCUCACGGGAAGCAAACACGACGCUUUUGCGGAUGACACGUGGAUUGUGAGCCUCACCGAAUAUGUCCGUGGGGUCGUGCAGCAGCAUAAGAAGCCGGUCGUUGGAAUUUGCUUUGGGCACCAGAUUCUCGCGCGGGCGCUGGGUGCUCCUGUUGGGAGAGGCGAUGGCGGGUGGGAGAUUUCGGUGGAGGAGAUCACGUUGACUGAGGCCGGUCAGGAACUGUUCGGCCAAGAAAAAUUACAUCUGCAACAAAUGCACCGCGACAUCGUGCACGAAGUCCCCGAGGGAUGCAUCAAUCUUGGAUACAGCCCGCGUUGCGCUGUGCAGGGCCUCUAUAUGCCUGGUCGAGUAUGGAGUGUGCAGGCACACCCCGAGUUCACCGAGUUCAUCAUGUCUUGUAUUUUGAAGGCGCGACACGACGCAGGGGUAUUUGACGAUGCGCUGUACGACGAUGGGAAGUCGAGAGCGAGCAAAACGACGGAUGGUGAAAAGCUGGGCGGGGAAAUUGUGAAAUUCAUUUGCGAGUCCGUAGCAUAA